AGCUGAAGGCCAGGGCCGGCGUCCCUCGGCCUGAGGAGCUUGAAGCUCCUAGGCUGGGGGUAAGAGAGGGGCUCCUGUCCGCUGAGCGCGCGGGGCCUCCCAGAUGUGCGGAACUGUCCCUGGAGCUGUAGCCCUUCGUCACCAUCUCUGCCUCCUUCCUUCUGAGUGAUCCUGAAAUCUCUGUCAUGGAAAAAUACCACGUAUUGGAGAUGAUUGGAGAAGGCUCUUUUGGGAGGGUGUACAAGGGUCGAAGAAAAUACAGUGCUCAGGUGGUGGCCCUGAAGUUCAUUCCAAAAUUGGGACGCUCAGAAAAGGAGCUGAGGAAUCUGCAACGGGAGAUUGAAAUCAUGCGGGGUUUGCGGCACCCCAACAUUGUGCAUAUGCUUGAUAGCUUUGAGACUGACAAAGAGGUGGUGGUGGUGACAGACUAUGCUGAAGGAGAGCUCUUUCAGAUCCUCGAAGAUGAUGGAAAACUUCCAGAAGACCAGGUUCAGGCCAUUGCUGCUCAGUUGGUGUCAGCCCUGUACUAUCUGCAUUCCCACCGUAUCCUCCACCGAGACAUGAAGCCUCAGAACAUCCUUCUUGCCAAGGGUGGUGGUAUCAAGCUCUGUGACUUUGGGUUUGCCCGGGCUAUGAGCACUAACACAAUGGUGCUGACAUCCAUCAAAGGCACACCACUCUACAUGUCCCCAGAGCUGGUGGAGGAACGACCUUAUGACCACACUGCAGACCUCUGGUCGGUGGGCUGCAUAUUGUAUGAGCUGGCAGUAGGCACGCCUCCCUUCUAUACCACGAGCAUCUUUCAGCUGGUCAGCCUUAUUCUCAAGGACCCUGUGCGCUGGCCCCCCACCAUUAGUCCUUGCUUCAAGAACUUCCUUCAGGGACUGCUCACCAAGGAUCCCCGGCAGCGUCUGUCCUGGCCAGACCUCUUACAUCACCCCUUUAUUGCUGGUCGAGUCACCAUACUAACCGAGCCAGCAGGCCCAGAUUCUGGUACCCCAUUCACCAGUCGCUUACCCCCAGAACUUCAGGCCCUAAAGGACCAACAGGCUCAUCGGCUGGCCCCCAAGGGCAAUCGAUCUCACAUAUUGCGGCAAGCCUGUAAACGCAUGGCUGAGGAGGCCAAGCAGAAGAAACACCAGAACACAGGACUUCCCCUUGAGCAAGAGGAUAGGACCAGCAAGGUGGCUCCUGGCACAGCCCCUGUGCCCAAACUCAAGGACACUCCUCAGGAACCAGGCCUCUUAACUGGGGUUGUAGCAUCAGAAAUGAAGAGCAGCUGGGCUGAGUGGGGUGCUGGAGAGGCGCCGCCUGUACCUCGGGAAAACUGGAUCACUCAGGACUGUGAGCGAGCAUUCCCAGAGCUGAGGCUGGAGGUGAUGGGCCAGCAGAGCCUUGAUGCAGUGGAUCUGGAAAAUGAGGAGCAAGACAGCGAUGAUGAGUGGCAAUACCUGCUAGAGACUACCGAGCCUGUGCCCGUCCAGCUGAAGGCCCCUCUCACCCUGCUGUGCAAUCCUGACUUCUGCCAGCGUAUCCAGAGUCAGCUGCAUGAGGCUGGAGAGCAGAUCCUAAAAGGCGUCCUGGAGGGUGCUCCCCGCAUCCUGCCUGCACUCCGGGUCCUGAGCGGUCUCCUGUCCAGCUGCAGUGACUCUAUUCCCUUGUAUUCCUUCUGCCGUGAGGCCGGGCUUCCCGGGCUGCUGCUCCAUCUCCUCAGACACAGCCAGGAGAGCAACAGUAUCCAGCAGCAAUGUUGGUAUGGGGCCUUCGUACGGGACCUGGUGGCUGUGAUUCAGGCCUACUUUGCCUGCACCUUCAAUCUGGAGAGGAGCCAGACAGGUGACAGCCUACAGGUAUUUCAGGAGGCCGCCAGCCUCUUUCUGGACCUGCUGGGGAAACUGCUGGCCCAACCAGAUGAGUCUGAGCAGGCUUUGCGGAGGGACAGCCUUAUGUGCUUUACUGUUCUGUGUGAAGCCAUGGACGGGAAUAGCUGGAGCAUCUCCAAAGCCUUCUACUCCAGCCUGCUGACUACACAUCGGGCUGUGUUGGACGGGCUCCUUCAUGGCUUGACAGUUCCACAGCUCCCUUUCCAUAGCCCCCCAGGAGCCCCCCAGGUGAGCCAGCUGCUUCGGGAGCAGAGUGAGGAUCUGCCUGGAGCCAUUUCUUCAGCACUGGCGGCCAUGUGCACGACUCCCGUGGGGCUGCCAGGCUGCUGGGAAGCCAAGGAGCAGAUCUCUCAGCAUCUGGCUGAUCAGCUCACCAAAGACAGCAACCACCUGAGGUCAUCCCUCAUCUCUGCCCUGCAGCAUCCCAUCUUGUGCCUACCCCUUCUCAAGGUUCUCUACUCCUGCUGCCACGUCAGUGAGCGCUUAUGCCAUCUUCUCGGGCAAGAACCCCUGGCCUUGGACUCACUGUUGAAGUUGGCCCAGGGCAAGGUAAAGGUAGUGGAUAGGGAAGAGUCUAUUGAAGUGACUCUCUACCUCCUCUCUCUUCUUGUCCUUCGCCUCCAAGAUCUGCCUUCUGGCUGCAUCCCUGAUGUAUCUCCUUAUUCCAGAAUGGAGAAGCUAGGCAGUGAGAUUGCUACUGUCUUUACUCAUUCGCACAUCGUCUCUCUUGUGAGUGCGGCGGCCUGUCUGUUGGGGCAGCUUGGUCAGCAAGGUGUGACUUUUGACCUCCAGCCUGUGGAGUGGAUCGCUGCAGCUACACAUGCCCUGUCUGCCCCUGCAGAGGUCCGGCUGACUCCACCUGGUGGCUGUGGAUUCUAUGACGGCCUCCUCAUCCUUCUGCUGCAGCUCCUUACCCAGCAGGAGAAGGGUAAUCCUAUAAGGGACGUGGCCAGCUCAGAAAUGUGGACCGUUCUGUGGCACCGCUUCUUCAUGGCUCUGAGGCUCCCUGAGGAGGCAUCUACACAGGAAGAGGCGUCACUGUCCAGCCCACAAAGCCCAGAGCCAGACUGGACGCUCAUCUCACCCCAAGGCAUGGCAGCCCUGCUGAGCUUGGCCAUGGCCACCUUUACCCAGGAGCCCCAGUUAUGCCUGAGGCACCUGUCUCAGCGUGGAAGUAUCCUCAUGUCCACCCUGAAGCAUCUGCUUUCGCCCAGCUUCCUGAAUCACCUGGGCCAGGCGUCACAAGGGUCUGAGUUUCUCCCCAUCGUGGUGCUCUCUGUCUGCCAGCUCCUCUGCUUCCCUUUUGCCCUGGAUGUGGAUGCUGACCUCCUUGAAGGUGUCUUGGCUGACCUCACAGACUCAGAAGUCACCGCCCACCUACUGCAGGUCUGCUGCCACCAUCUCCCACUGACACAAGUCGAGCUGCCCAUCAGUCUCCUCACACGCCUGGCCCUCUCGGGUCCCGCGUUUCUCAACCAGUUCGUGAACACAGUGGCUGCCUCCCCUAGAACCACCAUCUCAUUCCUCUCCACUGCCCUCCUGGGUGACCAGCCUCUGCUGACGUCUGACCUUCUUUCCCUCCUGGCCCACACUGCCCGGUUACUGUCUCCUAGCCAUUUGUCUUUUAUCCAUGAACUCCUGGCUGGCUCCGAUGAAUCCUAUCGGCCCCUGCGCAGCCUCCUGAGCCACCCAGAGACUUCUGUGAGAGCCCGUACUUCCGGGCUCCUGGGACACUUGCUCCAACACAGCAUGGCCCUGCGUGGGGCCCUGCAGAGCCAGGCAGGACUGCUCAACCUUCUGCUGCUGGGGCUCGGAGACAAGGACCCUGCUGUGCGGCGUGGAGCCAGCUUCGCUGUAGGCAAUGCAGCCUACCAAGCUGGUCCCCUGGGACCUGCCCUGGCAGCUGCAGUACCUGGUAUGACCCAGUUGCUUGAAGAUCCUCAGGCUGGUAUCCGGCGCAAUGCCGUAUCAGCUCUGGGCAACCUGGGGCCUGAGGGUCUGGGGGAGGAGCUGCUACAGUGCCAAGUGCCCCAGCGGCUCCUGGAGAUGGCGUGUGGAGACCCCCAGCCAAAUGUGAAGGAAGCCGCCCUCGUUGCUCUCCGCAGCCUCCGACAGGAGCCCUGCAUCCAUCAGGUGCUGGUGUCCCUGGGCGCCAGUGAGAAAUUAGCCUUGCUUUCUCUGGGGAAUCAGUUACUGCCACACAGCAGUCCCAGGCCUGCUUCUGCCAAACACUGCAGGAAACUCAUCCACCUCCUGAGGCCAACACACAGUACAUGACCCCAGCUUGCUGGGGUCCAACCUUCGUUGCCCUAAUUUUGCCAACCCUUCCUUCUACUUAACAAGCCACCUACUAAAGAGACUGAAACAGACAAGCCGCCAAUCAGCUGAUUUGAGAAUGAGAACCUAGAAGAGAUUUAUGUAUAAAGCUCCUCUUUUCCCCCAGAUUCAGGAUGAUUUUAACCAGUAAACUUCAUGAUUGUUGGUACCAGAGGAGAUGUGUUUCUUCUCUACAUCAAAGGGUCUUUUCUCCAAUAAUGUGCCUUUUAACCCCAGGGGCAUGCUUCCAGGACACCUUCUGCCUGAGAGGUUUUCUUCCUUUCUGGAGCUCCUGAAAUUUCCCCAGCAGGUUCUUUUAUUUAGACCUUAUUUUCAUUGCCCAUUGUCUGUAUUUAUAUUUUGGCAAAAAUAACAUGUUUUCUAGAGACCACCAUAAUUUCUUCCUAUCCAGGUUAUUUCAUUUCAAUUCAACAUGUUUAUUUGUUUUUAAA